AUGUUUACAAAGUGUAAACAACACGGUAUUUCUAUAAAAAAAGAAGACGUCAGGAUCCUCCUCUCUUUACUGGACCCCAUCGGUUCCCAAGCUCGCAAGCGCAGACGUCUCCGAAGGAGGCAAUAUUUUGCUCAGGGACCGAACUUUGUGUGGCACAUAGAUUCAUAUGACAAGCUGAAGCCAUAUGGGAUAUGUAUUAAUGGUUGCAUCGACGGGUUCUCACGCAACAUUAUUUGGCUGCGGGCCGCCUUCACUAACAGCAACCCUAAAGUUAUCGGGGGGUACUUUGUAGAAGCAGUGGAGCGCCGUGGGGGCUGCCCCAGGCUCGUACGAAUUGACAUGGGCAUGGGCACUGAGAACGUGGUGGUUAGAGACAUUCAGCGGUAUUUACGGAGAAAUUACAUGGAUGACAGAGCAGCGGAGAGAAGCUACAUCACAGGAGCAAAGGGGUUCCGUAGCCCCUUGCUCUACAAUGGUGACAAAAUCCUCAUUUUUCCGGACCUGCCAUCUUCAGUAGCGAAGAGGAGGGGGACUUUCAAGGACGUGAAAGAGAUGCUCCGCGGAUGUCAGGACGUGAGAUACGGUAUGCUGUACCCAGCGAAGCUGAGGAUCUCCUCGCCUUUGGGGGAAAAGGUCUUCACCGAUCCAGAUGCUGCUAAGGUCUACACUCUCUUUGGGGGGUGGGUUGAGGUUGUCUCCUCCGGAGUGGAGUGA